AGGAAACCCUAACCACGAAUAGGAGGAGGAGGACGAGGAGCGGACACGCUCUGCUUGGAAUCGGAUCUGGUGCGAGGAGGAAGAGGAAGAGGAAGAUGAAGGUCCGCGCAUCGGUGAAGCGGCUGUGCGGCUUCUGCAAGGUGGUGAAGCGGCGGGGGAUCGUCUUCAUCCACUGCACCUCCAACCAGAAGCACAAGCAGCGCCAGGGCUUCUCCACCAUCGCCGCCUGCCUCCCGCCCCCGCCACCGCCGACCUCCGCCUCCGCCGCCGCGUUCGCCGAGGCUUCCAAGGUGGCCCGACAGGAGAUGUCAACGAAGUUCAACUGGCCGCUGGGUCUAGCUGCCCUGCUCAAGAAUGGUGACAAAUAAUCAGGCGAUGAAUACUAGCUAGUCGGUGUUUUGAUAUUAAGUGGAGUUUCCAGUUGAGGAAUUCUUGUAACGAAAAUAGCAUGCCAUCAUGUAUCUGAUAUCAUUGGUUAAACUGUUCGUUUCAUGGAAUAAUAUUGGCAUAUACUCUUACUCUGUCUCUUGAUACGUUCGAUUCAAAGAGAACCACUUUGUCUUCUCUA